GUUGCAAACAAACAGGCCAUUAUAUGAGUAAUUGUCCACAAAAGAAUGAGAAAAUUAAGCAAACUAACGCCUUUAGUGUUGUUUUUCUCAGUGGCGAGUUCAGUAAAAAUGAUUUCUACAUAGACUCCGGUGCGAGCAUGCACAUGACUGCGAACGAAAAUUGGCUGAAAAACCCUACAUAUUUGUCGGAUAUCCCAGAAGUAGUCAUUACGGACAAAACAAAAGUACCAGUUUUGUGCUCAGGUGAUGUAGAAAUAUCAACAAACUACAAUUAUGACAUAACAGUGAGGGAUGUGUUGUUGUUGUGUGUACCCAGUCUCGCAACAAACUUGUUAUCAGUCAGUGAACUCAUAAAAAAUGGUAAUAGUCGACAAUAUGGAAGUAUUGUCGCCUGCCUUUGAUACCGCUAAAACGCAUGUUCUUGAAGAGAAUGGAGAGAAGAAGCCUCCACCAAUGGGGAGGAAACAAAAGCGACAGCAACGCGCACAGAACUUUAGAAGAACUACCAACGCAAAAGUUAUUGCAGAACUCGCGGAACGCGAGACUCUUUGCUGAUGUUGCGGAUAAGUACGAAGCAUCUAUGUCUGUAGUGCCUGUUAAUAAGACCGUGCCAAUGCCACUCACCACCCGUGGGCUUGGUUUUACAGUAGAAGCAGUGCACCGGAAAUUAGCUUCAGUGCUCGGAGACCAAAUUGCGAAUACAAUGGAUGAAACACAAUUAUAUCGAUACACACUUUGCCAAUUUGCUCUCGCGCUGAAGAAUGGGCUUCCGUACCUGGCCAACACCGAUGUCCCGGUCCGUGAUCCUGGGAUGUACCAGACUACUCGAGAGAUUGAGGAAGUCUACGCCGGAAAUCCGAGCAACUUUGGAGUUAUUGCUGCUUUGAUCAACGCAGUAGGAAAAGUUUCUUAUGAGACCGUUGUUUAUGCACCUUUUGUUCCUGUAGCUGGAUUAUCUCCAUAUCAUCUGACAAUUCAGAACCUUCGCAGUGCAGUUGUUGCUAUGUCAAACCGAGCAACGCCACGCGAAUUGAGGGUCAUUUUCUACGAACAUAACCCAAUACCUGGUUGUAUCUGGAACGAGGAACUCGCUGAAGCACAGCCACCUCCUGCCCUCCGUCAAGUCAGAGGACGUAGAGACAUCAGAGAUCGCCGUCAACGUGAACUUGACGCCCGUCGCCGUAUCGUCGAGAACCCCUACUUUCCGCUGCUGAUGCAUUCCAUAUAUGGGAACACCACCCCCAGUACAGCAAAGUCACCUCUUCAGUACUCCUUUUUGUGAAGCCGAAUUGGAAUGUGCCAUUAGUAAAUCAAUAAAUUUGUUGUGAUUGAUAUCAAAAAUGUAAAUGAUUGCGCCAUCUAGCGUCACCAAUGUGACACUCUGUACUCAUUGUGUGUCCU